GCAACGUUGCUACAGGACUACAAAGAGUUAAGAGAAGAACUACACUAACCAGUGUUCCAGCACUUCCGGUGAAUAUUAUGAGACGGUAGCAGAGACGCAACUGACUUCACUUGCAAGGUGGUGUCCUGCCACAGCCUCUGAUGCUGCCUACUGUCCUCCGCUGCCUUCGGCCCGUCUCUACCAGUUUUGCCUUAAGCCGGCCUCUGGCCCACUUCAGACCACACAUGGACCCAGACCCAAGCCGGCCCGUUGAGAAGUCUAUCAGAACCAAACUGACAGACCAACUCAGACCGGAGCACCUGGAGGUCCACAAUGAAAGCCACAUGCACGCCGUCCCCCCCGGCUCUGAAUCCCAUUUCCGUGUCCUGGUUGUCAGCUCUCAGUUUGAGGGUCUGUCAUUGAUAAAGCGCCACCGUCUGGUUAAUGAGGCUUUGAAGGAGGAGUUGAGUAGCUGCGUUCAUGCACUAGCUAUCCAGGCAAAGACUCCUGAGCAGUGGGGAAGUAACCCCUCCCUGGCUAAGAGUCCGCCUUGCAUGGGAGGCUCGAGGGGAGAUCACACAGUGGAGGAGAAACUGAAGGCCGGGCGGGAGUGAAGGGUUGGACUAAUGAAGCUGUUGGACUGAGCUGUGAAGAAGGCAGGUGAAUGCUGCAGGGGAGGUCAACAGAUCAAUGUCAUUAAUGUCAUGGCAGGCAGGAUUCUGUUGCAGAUUGCAAUACAAAAAUGGGUUUCUAUGGUUAUUGGAUCAUAAUAAAAGAUGAAUUGUUAACUUCAUGUUCAUGUUAACUCAGCUAGUGUUUUAGAGGUACAUGUUGUGCAAUCAAACAAAUGUUAUAAUAGCCCGUUUAACCGCAGAUGGUCGUGGGUAUUAUGCACUGGUGCCACACUGUUUUUCGAAUAAAUACAAUACAGAGGAAACACUAAGUUUAUAUUGUGAGGAUUUUCCAUAUCAAUGCUACUGCUCAUAGCUUUCAGUAAAUAAAAAUAAACAAUUUUCUUAAA